AUGGCGUUCCCGCUUAUUGUUUGCGCCACCAACGGUCGGCAAUCACUGUCCCUUCUUGAUUCCUCAAACUUUACUCUCGUACUGUUUACCUCGGUAAAACAAUUAUUUGUAGGGCUCAUUGGACUAUCGCGUAUCGAACACAGCUUUGCCUUUCCUAUCCCAAUUGUCAUCAACGUACCCGCAGUGCCUGCGUCGUCAUGGGCAGACCUGUUGGAGGAUCUCUCAUUUCUUCAAUUGGAAGUACUAUUAUCUGCGUUCUUCCCGCAUUUGAACAUCAUCAUCCUUGAUUACCAUAGUGUGACUGACCAACCAGGGAAAUUGGAGCAAAUAUUAUUCCGGGAAGUGGUGACUAACCAUCAUUUCUUUUCAAAGAAUCGGUUCCGUCGUAUGCAAACAUUGGUGGGAUUAAAUGGGGCUCCCCACGAUUUAUCGUUGACGGUAUUUGGCAAAGUCACGUCGUUUGACCAAUUAACUGAUAAACACCGGGGUUUGUUAAACGAACUAACGUCACUAAAUGUUACAAAGACUUACAAUGAUUCAAAUUACCCAUUGCUCCCAUCGUUUAUUAAUACUAUUCCAAAGAACCUUGCUCGGGUGUUGAACCAAAACCAUAAUUUCUCUAGCAAUAUUCAUCCACUCACCCCAAAGACAAAAUAUAAUCAGUAUCUUGAUUUAAUGUUGAAAAAUAUCGACUUUGAAAAUAUCUUGUGCAUUGGUGACGACCGGAAGUUUUAUAUCGAAGAAUUCCUAAUAGAAAGUUGGUAUUUCCAAGCACACGAUUUGACGUACGAUGAAUUGGUUUAUGUGUGUUUUCUAAUAUUCAAGAGAGUCUUUCAAUUAUUCCCCAAGGACUCCGGGAUAGCGUUGGAUGACAGCAAAUUAUUGUGUUUGUUGAUUAACGUGAGAGAAGUUUAUGUUGGAGGCAACGAUUUUCACAAUUUCCGACACGCCGUGGAUGUGGUACAAGCAAUCUUUUAUUAUUUCCUCAAAUUGAACCUUGUGCCAAAACACUCGAUCAUUUCCAAAAAGAAAAUUGUUCAUGAUUAUAAACGUCAAAAAAAUAAUGCCUCUGAGCUUUGUGAGGACGGGAAUUGUUGGAAUCAUAUCGUGGAUUUCAAUGAACAGACUAUUGAUAACAAUGAUAGUUUGGAGAAAGAAGCUGAAGAACUCGACCCAUCUACCGAGUACCACAUCUAUAAUAAAUCACCAAAGUUAUACUUGAACCAGCUUAAAACUUAUCAAACGGUGAUUGACCAAGAAUUCCCCACAGAAACUACCAAUUGCGCGCUGGAAACCAUUGUGGUCACCGCGUAUGGGAAAUUUAAACAACGUGAAAAAUCGCAACUUUUAUGUCCUGUUGAAGUGUUGGCGUUGCUUAUUGCCGCCCUUGGACACGACAGCGGUCACCCAGGGUUGACCAACCAUUUCAUCAUCACCAACCGCUCGCCAUUAUCGAUUAUUUUCAAUGAUCAAUCGAUCCUUGAGAACUACCAUUUCAUUUUAUUCCAUGAUGUAUUACAGCGACAUUGGCCAGCGUUGUUUGAUCAGCAGAUUAUCAGCAUGGUGUCUCCAGGGAAACCGGUGGAUGUGAAAAGAAUCAUUGCCAAGAGUAUUUUGGCCACCGAUAUGGAAAAACAUUUUUCGUUCAUUAAUCAAAUCAUCAACAGUGAGCGUGACGCGCUUGAGAAAAUCAAAAAUGGGAACGAGCUUCCGAAACUCGAAGUCUCUUCAGAAUUGUUGUGUCAGUUAUUACUCAAGUGUGCAGAUAUUUCCAAUAUCACCAGACCUUUAAAGCUUAGUGCCACAUGGGGGGUAAUUUUGGGCAAAGAAAUGGCGGAGAUCGCCACGUUGGAUAAGAUUCUCAAAUACGGAGCCACCAUUGACGAUGCGAAGUUGCCGGAUGAUCAAGAAUUGGUGGAGCAUUUAAGAAAUUACGAGGGGCUCGACAAGCAUUACGAUGAAGAAUUACAAGAGCUUGUGAAUUGCUUAGAAUCAUCGUCCAAAGAUCAACCGAUGGCCGAACCAGAGACUCACAAUCUUGGAGAUGUCACCUUGAGACAAUUGGUGAUGGACAAUCCUAAUUUAUGCAAGAGUCAAAUUUUCUUUAUUGAGCAGAUUAGUUACAAAUUGUUUGAGAAGAUCAAUGAGAUUCUUCCAUGGUUGGGGUUCAUUUUGCGUAUCCUCAACAAGAACUUACAUUUCUGGAAGCUUUUUGAAGAGCGAGCCAAGAAAUGA